AUGGCCAUCUUAAAAAAUAUUGUGGCCCUCCUACUGCUUCACCAGCAUCUCUUACAUGACGCAAUGGCUCUGGAAUACUGCCUAACUGAAUCAUUCAGCGGAAGAUGUGAGGCUGAUCACGUGAUACUUAUGACGUCAGCCACAUUCGGACGUAUGGAUCUUGGUCGAUGCGUGCAGCGCAACUACGGAAAUCACGUGGGCUGCCGUGCUGACGUCAUGAACCAGAUGGACCAGGCCUGUUCGGGACGGAGAGGGUGCGAGUUGAGUGUUUCUGACCAUGCCCUUAUCAAGACCCAGCCCUGCCCCAAGGAUUUCGCUUCAUACCUCGAUGCCGAGUUUGUCUGUGUGAAAGUGAGAUAUGGAAAGCGAAAGAAAUUCAAAUACAAAAACCAAAUGAAAACACGAGGCUCCAAGAAAUGA